AUACAGGGACAAGUUAUAUUGAAUAAAAUAAAUAUCUUGAUAAAUUGCAGUUUUGAGUAACUACAUUCUACUUGCACUACAAAAGUCGUUUGUAGGGUUAUUUAGCACAAUUCCAGCAUGUAACUUCGAUUUUGCAGUUAUCACUUAAAUAAUUGGUCUUGCUAUCGGUCCAGUUAUCGAUGUCUUUGUUAUUGAGAACUUGGCGGUACAAAAAGUAAACAAAAAACAACAUUUCACAAGUCCAGACUAAACUUAAGCACAAAUAUCAACGAAUAUGGCUUCGCACAAAUACGAAAAUCAUUCUCAGAAAUUUCUGGUGAAAUCCUUUGAUUAUCAACGCCAAUUCUUUCAUUUAUAUUCACAACGUUUGAGCGAAAUGUCUGCGUAUAUGACUAAGCGUGCUGAGCAACUUUGGGGCACUAAGGUGCCCAUCAAAAAACUAUGUGAUCUGCGAGAAGAAAAUGAAGAGGAAUGUAUAAUUAUUGGCACAAUUUACAAACAUCAGGCCCAUAAGCCAAGUAUUCUCAAAGAAAUAUCCGAAGAGAAUCAGCUGGCACCUCAACCGGCCAGGCAACACUACUCCGACCCUGAGGACAAGGUUAUAUUGGAGGAUGAACUACAGCGUGUUCGUUUGCAUGGUAAUGUUCGUUGCGAAGAAUUGGCCACCGGCAUAGUUUGCGCUGCUAUGGGCCUUAUAGAGGAAGAUGGUCGUUUCGAUGUCCAAGAGCUGAUUUUCUAUGAGGGAGGAAUUCAGAAGCCUUUGCCAAAGAAGGGCAUGGAGCGUUUAUUGGUAUUGGUAUCUGGUCUGGACCAGGUGCAGUCUUUUAAUUAUGUCGACUCCUUAAAUCUUUUUCAACAUUGGCUGAGGGGUAAUGUUCUUAAAGCCGGCGAAUGUAAUAUAAUGCGACUCAUAAUUGCUGGUAAUUCGGUCAAGAGUUGUGAGGAAAAGCGUCUACCCUCUCUGCAAACACGUACACAUGAGUUCAAAGAUGUGGUGGAUGCCAUGCAAUCGUUGGAUGAAUGGUUUGCCGCUUGGUCCAGUACACUGGCCAUUGAUGUUAUGCCGGGUCCCUAUGAUCCGGCCAACUAUAUGCUGCCGCAACAACCAUUCCACAGUUGCAUGUUUCCCAGGGCAGCAAAACAUGAGCGUUUUCAAAGUGUCACAAAUCCUUACAGCUGCUCGGUGGAUGAUGUUCUUAUUUUGGGUACCUCUGGUCAAAAUGUCAGAGAUUUACAAAGAAAUACCGCCUUGGAAAAGCCCUUGGAUGCAUUACGUAGCACAUUGCAAUGGGGUCAUUUGGCACCGACAGCACCUGACACAUUGGCAUGUUAUCCAUACCUAAAUUCCGAUCCCUUUAUAAUUAAAGAAUGUCCACAUGUCUACUUUGCUGGUAAUUGUGAUGAAUUUGCAACACUGCUGCAUGAAGGCACUCAAAAUCAGAGAACACGUUUAGUAUGUGUGCCCAACUUUGCCAAAACUCAGAGUAUAGCAGUGCUUAAUUUGGAGAGUUUGGAAUGUUAUGAGAUUUCUUUUGAUUGUAAAGAUGAUUAAGCCUUGAAUAUUUUGCGUAAUUAAAACUCAAAAAUUUUA